CUUGCCUUGCCAACCUUACCUGAGUAGCCGAUGAAGCUGUAGACGACGUUUUGAGACCUGGCCUCACCUUGACCUAUUUCAUCUUAUUUCCCUUUACUCAACACUCAUACCAGACACAUACACAUUCUCUCUCACACAUGAGCUGAGUGUAUCCUGGCUGAACUGCAGUCGUUCACUCAGUGAAGCUCACUCAAUUCGAUUCAUCUCACUUCAUCCCAAUUCCAACUGAACAGCCUCACUAAACAAUCAACAUGUCCUCCGUCUUCCACAUCAAGGAGCACGUCCUAGACGGCUCACACAUCCGCGAGUUCCCCCGCGCCCUCUCCCGCUCCCAAGACGACGUCCUCAAGCUCGCCGUGAAGGAGUACAUCCCAAAGGACAACCCGAACCCCAAGCCCGGCGACGUCACAAUCAUUGGCGCCCACGCCAACGGCUUCCCCAAGGAACUCUACGAAGCCCUCUGGCAAGAACUGCACGCCCAAUCCCUCCUCCCAACCUCAACCUUCCGCAUCCGCUCCAUCAUCAUCGCAGACGCAGCCUGGCAAGGCCGCUCCUCCUCCCUCAACGAACCCCUCCUCGGCAACGACCCGGGCUGGUUCGACCACCCCCGCGACCUCCUCCACCUCAUCAACACCCUCCGCCCGCCCCGCCCCCUGCUCGGCGUAGGCCACUCCUUCGGCGGCAACGCAAUCGUCAACGUCGCCCUCAUCAACCCGCGCCUCUUCUCCGGCGUCGUCCUCCUAGACCCCGUCAUCUCGAAAUGGUCCUCCAACGCGAAGGGCACCAUUGCCGCCUCCCCCGCCGCAGCGAGCGCCCGCCGCAGAGAUCUCUGGCCCUCGCGCGAGGAGGCGCGCAAAGCGUUCCUCAAGAGCCCGUUUUACCGCGGCUGGGAUGAGAGGGUAUUCGAAGCGUGGAUGGACCACGGCCUCCGCGACGUGCCCACGCAACUCUACCCCUCCACCACCUCCAGCACCAAAACUCCCAUCACAAAAGAAAGCGUCACCCUCGCAACGACAAAACACCAAGAAGUCUUCACCUACUUCCGCCCCUCCUGGCACGCCUACGACUCUUCCGGCAAGGACCUCGUCAACCCGGACCUCGUCCCGGACCUCGACCCGGCCCUCAACGAGCGCUACUACACCUUCCCCGUCUACCGCUCCGAGGGAGCCUCCACCCUCGUCCGCCUCCCGCACCUACGACCAAGCUGUCUCUACGUGUUUGGCGGCGCGAGCGAUCUCUCCACGCCGGAACUGCGUGACGAGAAGAUGCGGUUGACGGGGACCGGGGUAGGCGGGAGCGGUGGGGUUGCGAGGGGUAGAGUCAAAGAGGUUACGCUCGAGGGUGGCGGGCAUUUGUUCCCGAUGGAGGUUCCGGGCACGAGUGCAAAGUUGACGGCCGAGUGGAUUGAGAAGGUGAUGGGGGAGUGGAGGGUCGAGCAGGAGGAGUAUGAGCGGUGGACGAGGUUGAGCGUCGAGGAGAAGACGACGCUUACCGAGGAGUGGAUGGGUAAGAUUGGGGGGUCGGCGCGGCCACCCAAGGCGAAGAUCUAGAAGCAUGUGUGUGUAGUUCACGAGCGACGAAAGUUUAGAAUCAAGAGGAGCGAGAGCGUGGUAGUGUUUGGCACCUUUGUGGAGCUGGAUGUUUAGAGACACCUUUAGAUGUAGAGUCUAUGUACACAAGAAAGCCCGGCAUCUUGAUCGCAAUCAUCAUCACCGGCCCCUCCUACUCCUCUUCCACUUCGCCCUCCUCUGGCGGUAUCCAAACCAGCAGGCCGUCCUUGUCGAUCUUCAUCCCCUCCGUCGGUAUGAUCCUCAAUACCUUUUGGAAGUACUUGUCCCGAACCACGAGUGUGGGCCGGAUGUAGUCGCCCCGUAUCAAAGGUAGCAACCGGUACGUAAUGGUUCGUCUAGACACGGGCAACACAUGCGCCGUGGUCUGCUUGGAGCCGGAAAACGCAAACUCGUCGCUGGGCUCCAUGUUCAAGCCAAACGUCAGGAAAUGACUCGACGGGUUCUCAAUAGUGAUGUCCAAAUGUAUCAAACCCGUCACGGUAUUGGCGAGAGAGUACGAAGCUAGGACGCGAGGCUCGGUGCCCAAGACGAUGUAUCUCGGGACAAGCAUCCUGGUUGUGUUGACCGGCGCUGGUGACGAGGCUGUUGAUGUGCGGCGCCACUUGAGGACAAAAGCCACAUCGAGCGAUGCAGGGCCCCGAUCGUCGAGGCUGAACUUUUGAGCGACCAGGUCGAACUGGGCCUCCUGCAUCUGCUUCGGUGGGAUUCGGAGCCCGCCUUCUGCGAUUUCUGGGCGGGUCGCGGUGGUGCAUCGUGCGUGGUUCUGGCAGGCAAUGACUUCGGCGUCCAUGCUGACAAUCUCCAGGUCUUCCGUCGCGAACGAUGCAAAGUGGCACACGAGACACCACUUUUGUGCCAGACCGCGGGGCUGCAUCGCAGCUUCGUCU